AGAAGCAGCGUCUUGCCGUCGUGACAGUUGGGUAGUCAUGUCUGUGCAAGUCUGGUUGUUCACUGUUGGAGUGAUCUAAACUGUGUUCCUGAUGUCUCGCUCGUUAGAUUUUAAGUUUUAUAGUCGAUCAUUUUGAUAGAAUGUGUUGCGGGGAAAGCGAAGUAUAUGUGGUAGUAUCGAGUGAAAUUGAGCUACACUGUUUGUUUCAGCCAUGGCUUCGCUGUCAGAGGAGGUUCUUCUGGUGGUGAAGAAGGUUCGUCAGAAGAAGCAGGAUGGCACACUUUAUCUCAUGGCUGAACGCAUCGCCUGGGGUCCAGAAGGCAAAGACCGCUUCACAGUCAGCCAUUUGUAUGCAGAUAUUCGCUGUCAGAAAAUCAGCCCAGAUGGCAAAGCCAAAAUUCAGCUUCAGCUGGUUCUUCAUACCGGUGAGAGUACUACAUUCCACUUCGUCAAUGAAAGCAGCGCACUUAAAGAUCGUGAGGCUACCAAGGAACUUCUCCAGCAGUUGCUUCCCAAGUUCAAGAAGAAGGCUAACAAGGAAUUAGAGGAGAAAAACAGAAUGCUGCAAGAAGAUCCUGUGCUUUUCCAGUUGUAUAAGGAUUUAGUCGUCAGCCAAGUGAUCAGUGCCGAGGAGUUCUGGGCUAACCGGUUAGGAGGUAUAAAUAAUGUGGAUCUCACAUUAUAUAACUACAAACAAGAUGUUGGUAUAUCUGGAGCUUUUUUGGCUGACAUUCGGCCACAGACAGAUGGCUGCAACGGCUUGAGAUACAAUCUUACAGCUGACAUUAUUGAAUCCAUCUUCAGAACAUAUCCUGCAGUGAAACAGAAGUAUAGUGAAAAUGUGCCUCAUAACCUGACGGAGAAGGAGUUCUGGACCCGCUUUUUUCAGUCCCAUUAUUUUCACAGAGAUCGCAUUAACACAGGAACACAGGAUAUUUUUUCAGAGUGUGCCAAGCAGGAUGAAAAAGGGUUAAAAUCUAUGGUUGUUCAAGGAGUGAAGAAUCCUUUGGUCGACCUCAUUUCCUUAGAUGAUAAAACAUUAGAUGAGGGUUAUGGCAUUUGUUCUGUUACACCCUCAACCUCCAGUUCAAACAAGACAUUGAAAGAGAGCAGCAAUUCUGCCAUCAUAAAACGUUUCAACCAUCACAGUGCCAUGGUGUUGGCAGCAGGCUCACGCAAGGGGGAAACACCCACUGACCAAGCCAGUGAGACGAGCAGUACAGAUGGAAACUCAAGGGAUUCUGACUUUUUCCAGCCUCCUGUUAAAAAGGUUAAAUUACAAGAAGCCAUAGAAUACGAGGAUCUGCACAUGGAGAACGGAUCAAAAACGGUUACGCUGAAUCUCAAAAAAUCUGACAGAUAUGCUCAUGGUCCUGUGCCACUCCAGUCCCAACAGUACACCACCAGCCAGGAUAUUAUCAACUCUGUGAGCUACAUCCGGCACGAGAUGGUCAAGUAUAAACCCAAACUUACUCAGGUGUUAUCCAGCACAGCAGCUAGUUCUGCAAUUGCAGCUCUUUCUCCAGGGGGUAUCGUCAUGCAAGCGGGAACGCGGCAAGCCAUACAUCAGAUGAUACCCAAUGAUGUUCAGGGGGAGUUGAAGCACCUUUAUGCAGCUGCUGGAGAGUUGUUGAGACACUUCUGGUCAUGUUUUCCUGUGAACACACCAUUUUUGGAAGAAAAGGUGAUAAAAAUGAAGUCCAACCUUGAGAGAUUUCAGAUGACCAAGCUGUGUCCUUUUCAGGAGAAGAUUAAGCGUCAGUAUUUAAGUGCAAACCUGAUAGGGCAUUUGGAGGAAAUGCUGCAGACAGCUUAUAGCAAGUUCCAUGUGUGGCAAACCCGUCGGAUGUCGAGGAAAACUUGAGGAUAGAUUGUCAAAGAGAGGAAUACACUAAAAAUGUAUGGACAACUGGUCUGUCUGGGCCCACGUCUGCUGCAAUGAGACUACGGCCCACAGCCUGCUUCACCAGUGGUUCACACUGACUUAAGAAGAUAUGGAUGGCUGCUGCUACAGCUGCAAAUAUAAGCAAUGUUCAAGCAAGACUAACUGCGUCUCAGUCGUAUACUGUAACUGUUUCUUACUCUUCCAUUGGUAUUUAAUAAGUUGCUGAGAGAUCAGUUCCUGUCACGACGGAACUUUUAAAUGGUGUGACAUGACCAAAUUACAGGUAAAUAUAUGUGAAGCACUCAGGACAACAAGUGGACAUGUGAAGUACAAGCCAAAUAUAGGAAUGCUGAUCUGUGAACAUCAUCUGAGCCCAGAGCAGGAUGUGGAGGUUGGACGUGCAGGCAAGCCCUCCUGAGCUUUAUGGAACCAUGUGUUCGGUAAAGUCUGAAGCAGAAGCGGGACAAUUGAUAUAUAGCAAUACUGUAAAGACAGUUCUCUAGUGCUUUAGUGUGUGGUCCACUCACACUGUCACUGGUUUGUAAUGUCUAACUUCUAUCUGCACUGAAGACUAAAUGUUCCUCUGAAUUACAGCUUUUGUUUAAGAUGUUUUCUGUUGCAGCUGCUGUUUUCUCAGCAUUUGCAACAUCUCAGCGCUUUCUAUCUCUAUCUAGGUU